AAAUAGAUUGAAAAUGGCGUCGUUUUGCCGAUCAAAUGAAUCGAGGAAUUUACAUUUCAAUUAAUUUCUUCUCACAUUUUCAAACUAUUGUUAAUAUAGACUUUUAUUUCUUCUCUGUAAUAUAUAGUUAAGUGAUUUAACUGUGUGUUGUGUGGUCGGAAGUUGUUAAUCUUUGUUUUAGUGGCGAUAUGUUGCCGUGUCUUUUCGUGGUCUAGUAAUAUCGGUUGUGUUUACAUGACUUCGGCGCGGGGCAGUUGCUUAGAAUGCUAUCAACUGUCGAGGAGAGCCGCGGGUACGACUUUCAGGACCCGGAGAACGCCGAAAAAUGGAGAGGUCUCUUUGUCAACUCACUCAAAAAGGUGCUGGAGUCCGUGCACCCUACAUUAACUGCGGAGGAGAGCGCCCUCCAGUAUGUGGAGUCUCUGUGUCUGCGCCUACUGGCCAUGCUGUGUGCGGUGCCCUCCCCGCUCACUGUACAGGACGUGGAGGAGCGCGUGGCGCGAUCGUUCCCGACGCCGCUGGACAAGUGGGCGCUCGCCGACGCCAAGGAGAACACCUCCCAGCGCCGCAAGAGGGCGCUGCUGCCCGUCGAUAAGAUACACCACAUGCUGCAGAAGGAGGUGCUCCAAUACAAGGUGGACAUAUCGGUGUCCGUGUUCAUGAGCGCAGUCCUGGAGUUUGUGUCCGCGGAUGUGCUGAAGUUGGCCGGAAACUUCGUGAAGAAGAUCUCUCGAUCUGGACACGAAACUAUCACGUGCAGUGACAUUAAGACUGCCAUGUGCGCUGAUAAGGUACUAAUGGACAUGUUCUACCAAGAAUGGGAGGCGGUUCGAGGGGUAGUGGGCAGCGGGGGGAGCAGCUCCGGGGUAGGCACCGGGGUAGGGUCGGCCGCGGGGGCAGCGGGAGGGGAGCGGCGAGGGUCCUUGACCUACGCUGACCUUGUCAGGGAUUUACUGGCCGAUGAGAAGCAUUUUUUACGAGACUUACAUCUCAUUAUAAGGGUGUUUAAAGAUGAAAUUGAGAAGAUAUUGCAGCAUGAUACUAGGUCCAUAUCGCUAAUCUUCGGCAACAUAGUGGACAUAUAUGAGCUGACGGUGACACUUCUGGGCAAUCUUGAAGAUGCCAUCGAGAUGUCACAAGAUUCCCCAACCCCUUACAUCGGCAGCUGUUUUGAGGAACUGGCGGAAGUCGAAGAGUUCCGUGCUUACGUGCGAUACGCGAAUAUAGUCACCAGGAAAGAGUCCAGAGAAGCGCUGCAAAAUAUUGUGGACGAUCCUGCGCUGUCGGAGCGUCUCCACACGGCGGGGCACGGGUUCCGUCUGGCCGUGAAGUACUACCUGCCGCGCCUGCUGGUGGCGCCCAUAGCCCACGUGUUCCUCUACCACCACUACGUGCUGGCGCUGCUGCAGAUCGCGCCCGCCACCGACGACCGGGAGAGUUUCAAACAGGUGGAAUGCAAUCUACAUCCAAUAAAGAAAUUAUUAAUAAAGGCCUUAGGAAAUGGACCCAAAAUUGACGCAACGUUGCGAAUGGCGGUCCGAGCUCGCCGCCAACUAGCCAUAGAGAAGUGCAACGAGUUGGCGCGACUAGUGGACAACUGGGACACCAGUGACACGGGACAGUGCUGCAAUGAGUUUAUUAGAGAGGACACAUUGUCCAAGAUAGGCCCGGGCAAAAGGAUAGCGGAGAGACGCGCGUAUCUAUUCGACGGAUUACUGUUGCUGUGCAAGCCCGUCGCUGGAUUAGUUAACGCGGUGAACAGUAGUGCCGUAUCAGGGAGUGGGGGGGGAGCGCCUCAACUCAAACUCAAAGAGAAAUUACACGUCAGGAAACUGGAGCUCGUCGACAGGCCCGACACCGAGGAGGGCCGCAACCUAGUAGAAUUAUGCCCACGCGUGGGCCCCCCCGUGGUCCUGGCGUUGGGUUCGAGUGCCGACAAAAGGAACUGGAUGUGCGACCUGGUGAUGCUCAACACGAAACCGAUGCUGGACAGGAGUUUGGACAGCAUCCUAUUGGACCUGGAGAGGCGGCACCCCCUGAAGUUGCCGCCGGUGUGUCUGUACCGUUUCGCGGUGCCCGACUCGCCGCAGAACAUCGUGCUGGAGGAGAGGAGUCCGCAGAGUAACGCGCCGCCGCUCAUUAAGGGCGCAACCCUCCUUAAACUGGUGGAACGCCUCACAUACCACAUAUACGCGGACCUCUCCCUCGUGCGCACGUUCCUGACCACGUAUCGCUCGUUCUGCUCCCCCGCGGAGCUGCUCCAAUUGCUCAUAGAGAGGUUCCGUAUACCGGAGCCCAGCGAGGUCUACGACGCGCCUAGGACAGCGGAGAGUAUAGAAUGCACUCCCAGCAGCGACGCGGAGAAAUUAAGCAAAAAUACGGCGAGAGAAGACUGGAAGAGAUACCGGAAAGAGUUUCAGCAACCUGUCAAGUUCCGUGUUAUAAAUGUCCUACGCCACUGGGUGGAUCAGCAUUUUUACGAUUUUGAACGCGAGCCCGCCCUACUCGACAAACUGAGGGAAUUCCUAGAGUCUGUGGACGGAAAACCUAUGAAGAAAUGGGUGCAGAGUGUGCUGAAGACUGUGCAGAGAAAGAGCGGGCAGGGCAACACGGGCGUGAUGGGGACGGACCUGGAGGCGGGCACGGCGCUGUGUGGGUCGGUGUCCCACGUGUUCGACCGCCUGCCCCCCGCCGUGCUGAGGCACGUGGGGUCUCCGGACCGACACCGCUGGUGCCCGCUGGCGCUGCACCCGCUCGAGUUCGCCAGGCAACUCACGCUGCUCGAGUUCCAGCUCUAUCGACAGGUGAAGCCUUCAGAACUAGUGGGAGCGGUGUGGACGAAGAAAGACAAGGAGAAGACCAGUCCCAACCUGCUGAGGAUAAUCAAACACACCACCAACUUGACCCGCUGGAUGGAAAAAUGGAUUGUGGAAAGCGAGAACCUAGAAGAAAGGGUGGGGGUUGUGUGCCGCGUCAUAGAGAUAGGCAUCGCACUCAGAGACCUCAACAACUUUAACGGAGUGUUAGCCGUCGUGGCGGCCUGCGGCAGCGCCUCCGUACAUCGGUUGAGGUGCACUUUUCAGAUGGUCCCGCCCCGGCUGGUGCGCGCGCUGGAGGAGUUCCGGGAACUGAACUCGGACCACUUCCGGCGAUACCAGGAGAGGCUGCGGUCCAUCAACCCCCCCUGCGUGCCCUUCCUGGGGAUGUACCUCACCAACAUCCUGCAUAUAGAGGAGGGCAACUUGGAUUAUCUCCCCAAUUCGGAGUUGAUAAACUUCUCGAAACGCCGCAAGGUUGCAGAGAUCACCGGGGAGAUACAACAGUACCAGAACCAACCCUACUGCCUCACCCAAGACCCCAAGACUCGGGCGUUCCUGGAAAGCCUGGAUCCGUUUCCGGGUUGGGACGACAAUGAAAUAACAAAUCAUUUGUACGCCAAGAGUCUGGAGAUCGAACCCAGACCGCCCAACAAGCAGAUGCCCAAGUUUCCCCGUCGAUACCCGGAGUUGUCGUUGAAGCAAGUGAAAGUGUCGCGAAGACAUCACGACACUCCGGCAGCUAGCAACGCCAACGACGACAACCUCAGUGUAUCACAACUGUCACCAACGAGCGGCAGCACUUGGGACGGGACUUCGGUGGCGUCACUACAGCUUCACGACGACAGAAGUAGCAAAUGCGACGAGCGUAGUCUGGCGAGUCCACGGUUAGAAAGAGCCGGCAGUAGUUCGUUCGGACAACUCUCUCUACUCGAUAAAGGAUUGGCUUUAUUCGACAAGGGGAAGAGCACUGUGUCACUAAAUACCAAAGGGCUCGGUCGAGACGAACCACCUUCACCUAGAGACAGGCAUUCGCCGAGGCAUGACAGGACGGGUUCUUUAAGCGUGGGCAUCGGCUCCGGCCCUCUAUCUACCAUUGGGGCGGGGACAGUGGGCUCCGGGUCGGGGACAAUAGGACCGGGGUCUGUGGGAACGGAGAGGAAGCCGCAGGCUUUGUCCCCCAGGGGGGCUAUCGUCGAUGCUGAGCUGUUCUACUCGAGGAGUAACAGGAAACCGGAACAGCCCUUGGAGCGCGUGCCCCCCCUCCUGCCGCGCACCUCCCCGGGGGCGCCGCCUCCCCCGCCCCGCCCCACCUCGCCGCGGAUGCACCACCCCGUGCCCCACCCCGUGCCCCACGCGCACGGCCUCGCGCAUUCUGUGCAGCACGCGCACGCGCAUACGCUGCCCAGUGCGCAUCACCAGGGAUCGCACAAUGCCAAUGCGACGUGGUCACCGCCCAGCGAACCGUUACCAAGUCCGAAACUACAAGAACUGAGCCGAUUGCCAGGCAUGUCGCCGAAGAGAUCUCCCGCGCCGCAGCCUCCCGUCAGCCCUCUACACAACGACAGGAGCAGUGCGUUCAAAUUCCCGUCGCCGUCGCCGGCGCCGCCGCCCCCGCCCCCGCCGCCGCCCCUAACGCCGCACCCGGCGUGGUGUGGCACCCCCCCGCCCCUGCCGCCCCGCCGGCGCCGGGACUCCACCGCGCCCCACACUCCCGCGCCCGGCCCCGCCCCCGGGGACCAUAGAGCGUGUCCCCCCCCUCACGGCAGCAGCGGCGGCACCCCUCCCCCGCUGCCCCCCCGGCCGGCCCCCCCGGCCCACCCCGCGCCCCCCGUCUCCCCUCAGGCCCCGCCCCCACACAUUCCCUCCCACCACCAUCACCCGCCGGCGCCGGAGCUGCUGAGGCCGGCGCAUUCCACGAUACUGCAGAGGAGACAUCAUUCGAGCAUGGCGCCGCGCCUGCCCCCAAAGCCGCCGACCAGCAACGUCCCCAGCGUAGCAACCAGCGUAGCACGCGGCACGUAGCGAGGCCGCUGCGUGCUACGCGCCUCGACCCCAGAGCCGCGCACGCUACGCAUCGACUACACCACCGAUACUCUGUAAUGUAGCGGCUAUCAUACUAUAGCCGCUCUAAACAUACGGAGAGUCCUUGUCAAUACAAAGUUCUACAAAAGAAUCAACUCUUUUACGAAGACGGAAGUUCUAAAAUAAGAAGUUUCAAGAAAUGGUGUCAGUGAUAUCUGUUAAAUACUUAAAUUACCGCUAGGUUUCAUACGACUGCCGCAAUGAUAACGCAAAGAUUCGAGAAUUAAUGACGACAGUUAGCAAUGAAAUAAUAAUGCAGCGACUUGCUUUCGUUCAACUUUCACAUAUUUUUGAUACUUGCAAAGAAGUGAAAACCGCAUGCCGCCUUUAGUCUAAAACACGGACUAAAGUUAGUCUUGGUUUAAACCUUAUGUUGUUCUGCCUUCUUUUUAGCAAAAAAAAGUGACAGCAUCAGUUUUAGUUCAGGUUUAACUUUAGUCUAGGUUUUGUAAUAAGACGGUAUAGGUUACUCGUGUUAACCUAAGAAAUUUGGCAAUAAGCAGUAUGUAGUACAAAUAAAAAAUAUAUAUCUGAGAUCCCUUCCCAUACUAAAAUCCAACAAUUAGUGUCUGUAAAGUAAUAUUUGGUAUAACUUAAGAAACGAUAAUACGGUUUUGUACAACUACCGCGUUUAACAUACGGAGGUACGAGAAACAGUGACAGUAUUGUCACUUAAAAUAACGAAAAUUCUAAAAUUAGUGUCACUAUUGGCGCCAAGAAUACGAAACUACAAAAUUGGGUGUUAGUGUUGGCACUCAUAAUAAAUAAUGUUUAUCAGUGAAACAAUGACUGUGAAGUGAUUUUAAGUAAAUAUAGUGACAGUGGACAGUGUGAAAAAGGGCUGGUGAUAACGUGAUUCGUGAUGCGGUGAGUCGCUUGAAACUUUCUAAAAUGACACAGUUGUCGAUAUAGACUGAGGGUUUUUGCAAAUGCCGAUGGACAGAUAUUGUGUGUAGACACUGUUGUUAUUGUAUAUUGUAUCGUCGGCGGUGUAAUCUUAAUGUAAGUGUAUAUGGAAUUCAGUUGCGAUAAACUCGGUUGGGUGCACUCGGCAGUUUGAAACGGUGCGUUUGCCGAAAUUGACUUACAGUUUGUUUAUAUCGAUGAUAUUUUUUUUGACUGAACAAAUAUCAUUGGGCAUUAAAAAGUGGUUGUAAACUCUUGUGGAAUAAUUAGAAACAAGGUUUUUGAUUAUACUUUAUUUGAUUGAGUUCUCCUAAUCGAAUUUACAGCAACAUAGGAAAUAUAUUCGAUUAAACUAAAAGAAAAUAAAAGCAAUAGUUUUCGAAAGAGAUGCCUAUUAUACAGUUUAAAUAAAUGUUAAAUUCCAAUAUACUAGUUUGGAGCAUGCUUUAUAAAUUUAAAAGCAGCAUAUUAGGUGUUCCAUCCGAAUUCGUAUCUUAUUUUUCGCAUUUCGCUUUCAUUUAUAUGUAUGAUAUAGAUAAUUUUUAUCCAAAAUGAAUAAUAAACUUAUUUGUAAACUUAACAGUUUCAACAAUGGUGAUAUAUCGUUUUUUUAUAUUGAUAUCAUCAUAAAAAUACGUGUAGUAUUUGAUUUUGUUAAGUUAUACAACAGAAUCGUGUCAAAUACCUUCUGAUAUUUAGUUUUUCAUAAUCAUUGGAGCUGUGUAUAAUUUAUAUUAAUUAUGUCCAACAUUCCAAAUGUAUUGUGUGAAAUUUGUAAAUGAAUUGAAUACUGAUAUUACUUCGAAUUUAUCAAAAGUUUGCAUUUAAGUGACUAAUACUAGAUACACGAUCAACGCUUGUCUAUGAUUGAAUCUAUUUUGUCUCUGCCUCCUCUUUUUGAGGUUGACAAUAAUCUUCGCACUUUUAUUUCAAUUUGAACUCUUGCAUUCUUUUGAUUGCUUCUCUGUUAUCUUUAUAUCUCACUAUUCAUCAUACUAUGCAAGCUCUGCAAGGGAGGGAGGGUUGAUUUAGAAAAUAUUUUACCCCUAGUGUCACUAUAUGAGAUUGAGUAGCCAUAACUAAGUAUACUGUAAUUUAAAUAUCCUUUUCUUUAAUGACUAUAAGGUCUAAAAGGAAGACAAGUGACGGAAGGUAAAAAUUUAUGGAAAUAACACGAAUCUUUAGUAGAUACAACAUGACGUAAACGCCUUUAUUAAAGUGCAAUAUGGUUGAAAUUCACACUACAAUGCCUAUGUAAUUGUGUAUCUUUAAACAAAGCUUAGCCUAAACAACUCGACUCUCGCCUCAUUUGUUAUUCUUACGUUCGCGUUCGAUAGAUGGAGCUGUUCCUAAAAUACGGACAAAGCGUUGAUCGAAUAUAACGUGCUAUUAUUUUAACACAAAUGGUUUCUCGUGACGUCGUAUUUUAAUAAAAAAACUUAUGGGAUCUUUUUAUUCAAUUCCCUAACAAGCAAAACUUGUGCUAUGGUUGAAAAAUUAGUAAUUAUAUAAUGUUAUUAAAGAUAGGAAUCGAGAAUGCGGACGCAAGACAUUCUGUCCCUUUCACACGUUACGUAGCAUAGCAUGAGCGAUUUUCUAUUCUUGAUUCCUUUAAUCCUACGAGUUAUAUAAUACAUAUACGUUCAACUAUAGAAUACCUCGCAAGAAAUAUAUGGCGUAAAAGUACAUAUACAUAUUAAUGACUGUAUUCACCAAUCACAUAGAACUCACGUAGAACCAUACACCAAUCGUAAUCCUGUGCAGUGCCAAUCAACCAAUAGUUUUAUAGAUGUAAGAGAGACAGAAGUAUGUUUAUAGCCUAGCUUACGGUACAUAUUAUAUUGUAACGAAAAAAUGCAUUUAUGUAAAUAGUUAGGUUUAGUCGAGGGGCCAGUAUACAGAAGUUGUGUUGUUCUGACAGAACAAGACGUUGUAGUACAAAAAUUAUACUAGAAUUGAUCUUACUCUGAACUGAAGUAUUGUUCUGUUUGUUUUUUUAUUAAUGAGUGUUUAUUCAUAAACACUAUACCUUCGUUACAUAAACUAUAUUUGGCAAAUUUCAACACUAAUUUUCUAUGCGUAAGUUAUAAAUUAUUUGCCUAAUAACUAGUUAUGGUAGAUAUUUUCUAAUUCGCUGCUAAUUGAAAAGUGCCCAUAGUAGUUUGAGGUUUUUUCUUCACUAGUAUACAUUUUUUUUAUGGGUUUUAAUUCAUUGUAUAUAACAAAUUAUAACACAAUGAGAAAUAAUGAAUAAGACGUCCUCUUCUCUUCCAAUUACGAUACCCUACAUGCACUUUUUAUCUGGUAAAAUUACCACCUUUGUAUCUCCAUUAUGGUCUGCAAUAAAUGAAUUGAAUUGAAAAAUGACAUCAAGAAAAAUUUUGAGAGACUUCAAAAAACGAGGUAUUUGUCUGUACAUUGGCUCCUUGACAUUUAAUAAUAACAAUUACUUCUCACAAAUACUGCAACGCUUAAGAUUUAUGGGACCAUGCAUUAUGAACGAUUUCGGAAUGUGUUACAUUGCAAUACGUUGUAUUUGAAACCCCCUUCCCCUACUUGUAGUGAUUACGCUUGCUGGGUAGUGUUUGUGAGAGGUAGCCCCCGCCCCAACGAAUUAGAAAUAAUAAAAUAUGGAAGCAUUACUCUCUAGAAGCUUGAUGGCGCGAUCGGUUAGCGCGUUCGGCUGCGAUCGUUAAAGUGAAGAAACUUGCAGUGGUCGGUCAUUGGAUGGGUGACCGAAAAUCUUCUAUCUCGAGUUCCUCCGUGCUUCGGAAGGCACGUUAAGCCCUUGCUCCCGGCUGCAUCUGCAGUCGUUAGCACCCGCCAAUCUGUUCUGGGCCCGCGUAGUGGGUCAUGACCCAAUCUCCCUAUUCCAUCCAUAGGGAAGGCCUGCGCCCCAGCAGUGGGGACAUUAAUAGGCUGAUGAUGAUGAUUACUCGUAACGCGACACGCAUGCACAGAGACAAAACAAAAUACUUUGACAAAUCAAAUAUCUGCACCCAUUUCAUUGGGUAAGAUAAUGUUAAACGGAAAUCUCGACCAAUCCCAUGAUCGGCGUGUUGAUCGCAGUUCUUUCGCCCCGCCCACUUGAUCGCAGUUUGCGUGGUUCCAUAUUUUAUUUCUAAUUCGUUGCCCCGUGUAAAUAUAUAUUGUAAAUAACGAAAAUGUUUAUGUACAAUGGAAGGAGUCGGCCAUUAGCCAUUUAUCGCUAUGAUCUCUGACUACAAAAAUGUACAGUGUAUACUUUAAAUUGAGUUUUUGCUUUAAUGGCACCUACUUCUCAGGUUGCACGGCAGUGUUUUAAGUCUAUCGCAAACCUGAAAACUGUCCUUAAGGUUCAUUAUUCUGGGUUUGUUUUUGAAGUCGAAACUUUUAUUACAAAUAUUAGCAUUAAAUUCUUUAUUGUUAUAAAAAAUAUUGAAACCUCAUCAACAAGCAUCGGUGGUUCAGUGGUAGAAAGCUCGCCUGCCACUCAGGCUGCCGGGGUUCAAUACCCAGCCGAGUUAGGACUUGUUUUUAUUAAAAAUUUAAAAAGUUUCAAAUCAUAAAACCAUUGCAUUUUUUUUAUAGUUAACAUUGAUGGCAGUGGUUAUUAUAAUAUGUUAAUUUGAUUCACUGCUUGAUUACAUUAUACAGAGUGAAAGAGAUAUUGGUGUCUCACUUUAAUGAUCCUUUAAUUAUGUUUAUCUUUCGUUAAAAUGACAUUUAUGUGGAUGGAAGUAAACAUUUUCUGGUUUUUUUUCAUGUAUAUCAUACUUUCUUUGAGAUAUCAAUAAUAGAUCUUAUAUGAAAAGCCAUAAGGAUAGUUUUCGCGUUUGAGAUAAAAUUAAUAUAGUAAGUGACAUCCUGGCGCUAGGCCAGUCCAUAUUAGAUUAUUUUGAACCUUAUUUUCAACGCAACAUAGACCAAUGUUCAACGUACGAUGUUCCUCAAUAAUAAUCCCAUAAUUUAUACGCAACUAGGUGUAAUAAAAUAGAGGUGCUUGUAUUCGUUAUGGUUUACGAUUCUGUCUCUUUCAUUCGUUCAAAGUGCGAGGGAGGCGGCCUACCUAAUGAGAACGAGUCAAGUUAUUCUCACGUACAUGACUCACACAACCCUGUACUUCGCGUUCAUAAGGAAAUGCAUUUGUUGUCAUGUAUUAAUUAAAGGACUGCCAAAUUUAUAAUUGUAAGUUGGGGGUCGGUUUGCACAUAAACUCGUUCAACUUUCAGCACUUUAUUUCACAAAAACUCAGCACUGACUGCCCUCUCCGGUGCAAGUUCGUGCUUUUAUAGAAUAUUGAGGUAGUAUCGUUUCAACACUUUUCAUCGACACCGAAACUGACAGUCAGUCAUAACAAAGAUAUAUUUAUUUAAUACAUCUUAUAAUUAACAAUAUAAAAACAAACAAAUUGUUAAAUUCUAAUAAAUUUUACAUGAAUGCGAUUUUAAUAAUUAUUAAUAAAAAUAAAGCAAUAGAAAUUUAACACUUCAUUGUAAUAUAGUGACACGUACAAAUGUGUGGUCAAAUCAGCAAUCUAGUAAGGUGAAAAUUAUAAAUUCUUACAUAAUGAAUCUAGACCAGGGUGAUCAUGGCAAGGCAAAAAACGCAUCUUCUUUAGCCCCUCUUCCAUAGUGAUAUCUAUGAAUUGGCUACAAAAUUUGCAGAUACAUUUCAAUUGGACCACUUUUAAAAAUGACUGCGCGUUAAGAUAAAUCAGUAGUUACCAAAGCAUCGUUCACUUUUGUAUUUGCCCUCUUAAUAAAAUAUCAAAAUACUACAUAAUUGUGUAUUGAACUGUGCUGUUUCAUUUAAGUUUUCAAAAAGUAUGUAAUUGGUAGAUCGCACAGGGUCUCGACAGAAAACAGUAGACCUUGGGUCUAAUCAAAUCGGCCACCCCAUAUCUAGACCUACAUUUUGGCAAAAUUAAAAUUGCAGACAUACACAACAUGAAAUGAUUCUUCAAUAUUAUUAUAAUUUCUACGAAUGAAUUUUACAAAUAUGAAUGAAGUACUCAUAAGAAUAAAGUUAGUUUUGUCAGUAAAUCAACUGGAAUAAAAAUAGACACAAGAGUGAAGCGUACCACAGCGAGUGAAAGAGACAGAAACACUCGUCGCGCUGAUAGAAGAAACCCGGAACGUACAAAGAGAUCUUCCAUACGUAAGAUAUUAUUUUUAUUUCGUUAAAUUUGUAGGCAUUUAAUAGAUUUGACAGAAAUUGAGUAUUAUAAUAUAUUAUAUUCAAUUAAUAAAUAAAUUAGCAUUUCGUGCUGGAAAUAUUAAACAGGUACUAAAAUCUGGUCGUAUUGAUUUAAUAGUUCAAUAGUAUUGCCAUUAAAAAUGCUGAUCUUAACAUAUUUUUCAGAUGCCAGACAAAUAGCUUAUUCCAACAUAGCUAUCUGCUAAUCAGGGCAAGGUACAGUCGAUGAAAGUGGUGGUUAAACACACAACAGAUUAAAGUACGAAUCAAUUGAAAUUUAAAAAAAUAACUGGGCAGCGACUGCAUUGUUUGGAUUUGGUAAAAAGUGCAGCUGCAGCUGUGUUGUAGGCCUAAAGGCUGCAAUUUUACUAGCAUGAAUAAAAAAUGUACAAUCACAUACCGCCUACUUCCUUAACUGUACCUUUCACACUGACGAUUUCAAGAAAGAUAAAUCUUUUUACAUGUAGCAAAUAUUCAGUCAGAUACAAUAAUGUUUAGUGACAGAACGUGUCUUAUAGGUUUUUUAAAUAACACUAGAGUGAAGUUGCGAAAUAUUUCAAUAUCAACUACAGAUCUCACUUUAGUUAAAUUCAGAUAUAAGCAUUUCUAUUAGUUUAUUCGGUGUUAGCCAUAUAUCAUAUACAAAGAGAGUGGACUGAGUCACAUUUACAUUUGUUUGUCGCACUAUCCGUAAAUGGAAUGCUCUGCCUGCUCACGUGUUCCCUCCCUCUCACAACCUGGGAUCCUUUAAAAGAGGCGUGAAGAAGCAACAUGCAGGCCGGCAGGGUGAGGAUGGCUGGUGUGGCAGGUAGAACUGCUGUAUCAGCUAUCUUCACGUCAGGACUUCACCAUCACUUAACAUCACGUGGGGUAGAGUCAUUUGUCGGACCUAUCUAUAUAAUAAAAUAAAUAAAUAUGAUGAUGACUAACUUAUUUUGAAUUCAUAUAUCUAUCAGGUAAAUCAUCAAAUAGUAUUGGACAUGUAUUUUGUGAUUUUUUUCACACAAUCAAAACAUUACAGAGAUAUAUUGAUUUUAAAUGUCGCCGACAUCACGUCUUGGUACAGUUUUCAUUUAGAAGUGUCGUCAGGAGCCACCACUCCCAAACUGUGAAACAAGUUAAUAUCUUUAAAGCUCUGUUUUUAAAUCAUUUUUAAUCUAUUUUAAGUACAAUUAUUGAUUUUAGACGGACAUUUCGGAUUUUGUUUAAAAUAUGGAUAUUCUAUUUCACACUCUAAAAGUAUGAAUUAUGGGUACAUGACAUGAAACUUUACAUUUAUAGUGCUCAAAAUUAACUAGUGACUUCAUUCCAGUUUUGACGUGCAGAAAGCAGUAAUGUUUGCUCGAUGUUAUAUCUUUCCAGGGGGGGGGGGGGGGGGGAGGCUGCAACUCCUACCCCCAUUGGUGACGCCAUUGCCAUUGGAAUUACGGGUUACCCGAAUAAUCUACAAAAUAAUCGCGUAUUCUCUCUAACAUUGAACUUGGUAAGACUUUGUCCAUUCUCUAUAUGUAUGGUGAUAAUAUAGAAGUUGUAUAUUUAUAAUUUACAUGCAAAAGGACCAAAUGUUCAUCGAUAGAACUGUAUAGACUGACAUAUGACGGUUUGAGUUUACCCGACUCUGGAUAAUAUGAGAGUGGAAUAAUAAUAUGGAAAUUAUAUUUUAUACAUACAGACAAAUAAUGCUUUUAUGCGCACGCGCAGAAUAUAAUAUCCUUUUGUCAUUGUUGCUAUUAUAAUAGAAUAAUUGUAAGCUAUUAUUUUCGGACAGUGUCACACAACGUUCGAAAUGCAAUUUUGUAAAUAGCAAUUUGAAAAUUACUUUAAUGUAUGUGUAUAAAAAUAUAUUAUUAUUGUAUAUUGAUAGAGAUUGAUGUUCUAAAAAAAACAAGUAUUGUAUUAGAUUUUAUAGUAUAUAUGUUGAUAUACAUAAAAAUAUAUGUUUUACGUUGGAAAACUGAAUAUUAUACAUAGUCUCUCUAUAUAUGUAAUUGACAAUGUAUAAUUAUCGUAAAAGUGAAUCCGUAUGCUAUAUGUUCGUUAUUCAAAAUAAAUAUGUACUUAUAGAUGCUUUCCUAUAUCGAGUUAAUCAAAUGAAUAGCGCUCCAAUGAGAUUAUAUAUGUUAUUAUGUGAUAACGAUUUGUACAGGAUCGGAACGGACUAAAAAGUCGUCAAGAUAGUUGACGUGAUAUAGUUGAUGACUAAGACAGAUUACCUAUGUAUCUGUAUAUUGUAAGUUUUGAAGUUUCGGAAACUAAAUGACAUAUAUAAAAUGUAAAUAUAUGUAAUUUUUCGGAGUUUUUGUACUCGUAUCGGCUGCCCAUGGCCAAUGACAAGUAUUUGGUGAAAACCCUAUGCUGGGUUGGUGAUAUAUCUACAUAGUGAUAUGUUAAUGCAAUUAUUGUUAAUCACUAUAUAUAUUUAAAUGCAGGAUACUUAGUAUUUCGGUAAGAAAGCCCGAUCUCUAAAUGUAAAUAACACACGUUAUGUAUGAUUUUAAUGUACACAAUUCGUUUUAUUGAAUGUUUUUUUUUAUGUCAAUAUGUUUUUAAAUGAAAUGAAGUUGAAGAGAUAUUUCCAAGAGAUCUUGCAUUUGAGUUAUAUUUUGUUGUUAUCUUGUUUGUUUAUUGAAGCAUUACACUUAGGAAAUCGUUUUUCUGAAACGUUACCGACAUUUUGUGAAUAAAGGGAUUGUUGAAGCGAAUUUUAACACCUAAUGUUAGAUCGGCCUAAGAAACUUGUGGUGAUCUAUCAGAAUGAAAUAAAAUUAAGAAAUUGUUAAUAUUAAUUAAUGUAAUGGGAACAUUGUUCAAAUCAUUUUUUUUAACGACUGUUCGUGAUUAUGAAAUAUAAUGUAGGUUGCCAUGGUGAUUUGUCACAUAACUGAUGAGUUUAUAUCAAAUUCGAUAAAAUUUUGUUUUGAAAAUAUUAGCGAGCGUCCAUAACAAUCAAGUCUUUUCUAACAAUCAUGACAUGUAAAUGAAAUGAAUUUAUUUAAAUUGUUAAACAGAUGCUAUGGAGCGUACCCCAUGAAAUGUAUAAAUUAAUACUUUAAGACAUUGUAAAUAUGUAGAGAUACGACUGGAUGAGUUCACUUCGACAGAGGCCGCGUAACAUUGUGUGUCUCUUUCUUUUUGCCUAGAAAACGUAAGAGACGAACGUUGUAAAUAUUUAGAUGGGACUUGUAUGCUAUUGGGUCAAAGUGCUGUUAGGGUAUUUGGCUUUUGCAAAAUCUAUCUCUCCAAUGUUUAAAAGUUUAAACUGCAAAUAUUAAUUUGUCAAAAUUUAUACAGACGAAUUUGUAAUAUAGAUUACAUGUGUUGUAUGUGUGAUUAAAGGUUAUUUUGCACUGGAGAAUACCCUAUUGAGUGACAUUGUAAUUAUGAAAGAAUCGAAGUGAACUAUCCAGUGUUGCCAGCGUAAACACGGAUAUGGGCAAGAGUUGCCUGUGUCCGGACUUACGGUAGUUUUAAGAAAAGACCAGCCUGUAUAAAAGUAACAUGUAAAUAUGUGUAAGAAUGACAACAUAGCGACAUUCAUAUUAUAUACAGUUA